GCUGUAUGCUUUCUCCGCUCCCAAUCCAAGUCGUAUCUUGGAGCAAAAGACUCCUCCAUCCCUCGCGCUGCUUAGUUGCUGCCAACGAGAUCACAAGGAAGGGGAAGGGAAUCGAGGAAGAGAGGGCCGUAGAUUAUUUACCUUUUACUUCUUCUGGAAGAAGGCGGGCCUCGGGAUCUCGGAUGGAGAUGGAGACGAGUCAGCAGUCGCCGGAUCGUAUCGACUCACUAGAACCUUUGGAAUCAUCAAUUGCGGAUGAUAACCAGAAACCUGUUGAUGUUGAGAACUCAAAUGAACAGCCACCUUCUGAUAAAGAUGAGAAAGUGAUGACCUCUAAUGCCACCCAUGAUACGAAUAUCAUGGAUCACUCAGCAGAUUCACAAGGCCAUUUGGAUUCUUCCGAUGCAGUUAGUGGCCACAGUACAAUUUAUCCACCAAACCUUUUUGCCCCUCAGGCACAGUCCUUCUUCUUUAGAGGAUAUGACAAUCCGAUUGGUGAUGAGUACUCUCCAUAUUUAAAUGCCGAAGGCCUAGAAGUUGGUUCGGUUGGUGUCUACAAUGAGAAUCCUUCAUUCUUAUAUCAUACUGGAUAUGGGUACAGUCCUCAAAUGCCUUAUGGACCCUAUUCCCCUGUUACGACGCCUCUACCUUCUAUUAGUGGAGAUGGUCAACUAUACUCCACUCAGCAAUUUCAGUUCCCAGGCACAUACUACCAGCAGCCAGCUCCUCCUAACAUGCCAUAUCUGCCUUCGCCAACUUCAAUACCACAAGCUGAUUUGACAUUGCCAAUUGAUCGACAAGGACUAUUUCCUGUCAAUACCCAAAAUUUCAACACCCAGCUGUUUGGACCAAGACCUGGUUAUCAGCUAUCCUAUGGUUCUUUUGGUAGAGAUUGGUUGAGAUCCCCAGAAGGGACGAGGACUGUGACUCCAUUAUUAUCACCAGCAGCUUCACCUCAACCAGUUGGUGCCCCAGUGUCAUUUGGGCAAAACACCAUGCCUCCAACUUUUGGAAUGGCUUCACAACAACAGAGAUCUUUAUAUGGUUUUGGGACCUCUGUGAAUUCUAUAGACAGAGCGUACCCCCCUCGUGGGCUGUACCAUGGUAGCACCUUUGAGGCAUCUUUUUCCAGCUCAGGAAUUAAGGACCAGAGCUUAAUUGAUGCAGACAGAAGUAGGAGUCGAGGCAAGGGAACUUUAUGCAAUCGCAAUGGCACUCUUGAUUUUCUUAAUGAACAAAACCGAGGGCCAAGAGCAAAUAGAUUAAAGAAUCAGAUGACUGAACACAACUCAUCACUUGACAAUGACAAUUUCAGUUCUACUUCGUUGGUUGAUCGUAAAUUGUACAAUAGUGCUGACUUUGUUACAGAGUACAAGGAUGCCAAGUUUUUCAUUAUUAAGUCUUACAGUGAGGAUAAUGUUCACAAAAGCAUUAAGUAUGGUGUUUGGGCUAGCACUUCUAAUGGGAACAAGAAGUUGGAUUCUGCAUACCAUGAAGCAAAAAAGAAAGAAGAUCCUUGUCCAGUUUUCUUAUUUUUCUCGGUAAAUGCAAGUGCACAUUUCUGUGGGGUAGCUGAAAUGAUUGGACCUGUUGAUUUUGAAAGGAGUGUGGAUUACUGGCAGCAAGACAAGUGGAGUGGUCAAUUCCCUUUAAAGUGGCAUAUGGUGAAAGAUGUACCAAACAAUCUAUUUCGGCAUAUUAUUCUUGAAAACAAUGAAAAUAAGCCUGUCACCAACAGCAGAGACACUCAAGAGGUGAAAUUGGAACAGGGUUUGGAGAUGCUAAGCAUUUUUAAGAAGCAUGAAUACGAAGUAUCGAUUCUAGAUGACUUUGAGUUUUACGAGGACAGGGAGAAAGCUAUGCAGGAGAGGAAGGCUCGUCAGCAGCUAUCCAAUUUGGCAGCGCCUGGCCCAGUAGCUAUUGAAGAUGAUCGAAGGAACCCUGCUGCGAACUCUGGGGAUUUCAUAAGCCAGAUAUCAGGGAACUUUGCUCAUGCUGUCAGGUUGGAAGAAAGAAGUAAAUCUGGCCCAUCAACAGAGAAGAGUAGUUCCCUAAGCACUGUUGUUACUUCCAAGAGUGAUAGUAUAGAGAAACCAGCAACAACUGUAACAACUAGCAGCUAGCAUUAUCCAGGAGUAUAAGCCUCUUGUGCAGACUGCAAACCACUUGAUGUUCAGAAUGACCAAUGACUAGGUUUGGUGAAGUAGGCAUUGUGAAAGCUGCUGAGUAGGAUUGCUAGUAUUACCGAAGCAGUUGUACAAUUUGUUGGCCAUUCUAAGAAAAAGGGAAAAGAAUAGAAAAGGGAAAAUCAAACUUUUAUUUUCUUUUCCCUUAUUUCCUUUCACUGGUGAUCUCUAGCAGAAAUGGAGUUCUCUACCAGCUUUUAUGGAGAUCCAUUUGAGUGGCAGAUGAAUAAUUGACUUUAUCUUUCAGUUCUGACUCCUUUGGUCUUAGUUCUAUUGUUUCACUAGUACCCACCAUGAAGAAGCUGAAAUGUUUCAAGUAAUACUUGGUAAUGUCGCUGACAUGUUCAAGAGGUUAUUGCCUAUUGUUACAUAAUUCAUUGUUGCACUAGACCAUUCCGUUCGAUAUCGUUAUUAUGAGUGGCUUUAUGACCAA